UCUUUCCUAAUUUUGUAAAUCGAUAAAAAACCCCAUAAUAACUUCCAUUCCCAGGAUUAGUCAAGGGAACACAAAGGUCAUCUGCCUUCGAUCCUUCCUUACUGGUGCCCGCGGGCUCUCUGCAAACGAUCUGAAAAAUGUCCAGCAAGAUUCAAACACCCGCAUCUCCAGAUCCCUCAUUUUCUUCGAUGGAUCCAAUCCUCCUCCUCUUGCAGCUCCCAUACACAGCCCUGAGAGUCCCGCGCAUGCGCCUGAAGCUGCCCUCACUAUCUCUGCCCUCGCCCAUGGUGGUGUUUGCCCUUAUAUUGAUCACUUAUUUCCUGGUGGUGUCAGGUUUCAUCUACGAUGUCAUAGUGGAACCGCCUGGCAUCGGCAGCACGCAGGAUCCAGUCACGGGGACUGUUAAACCGGUGGUGUUUCUUUCAGGGAGAGUAAACGGGCAAUACAUUAUUGAAGGGCUUUCAUCGGGGUUUAUGUUCGUGCUGGGUGGUGUGGGGGUUAUUUUGCUGGAUUUAGCGCUGGACAAGCACAGGGCAAGGAACGUUAGGAUUUCUUUUGCCGCGGCUGGGGUUUCGUCCGUGGCGAUUGCGUACAUCAUGAGCAUGCUCUUCGUUCGCAUCAAAAUUCCUGGUUAUAUGCGUUGAUUAGGGCAUCCGACCCUUGAUUGAGGUAAAGGUUUUGCAUCGAGCUAGGGUUUAGUUUAUAACAAUGGCCAGUACAAUAAUGUCGAUGCCCUUAGGAAGAAAUUUGCACUUUUCUCAAGUUCGGGAAAAUUCUUUUUAGUUCUGUGGUUUGAUUAAAUAUAUGAACAUGGAUUUCCCGAUCUUAACUAAGCUAGUUUUUUUUGGUCAAAGAGAAAUUAUGUACAGUGAGAAAAUUUGCUAGCAAAUAGUUUUGUUGUUUUUAUCAAGAAAUUUACACUUUUUUUUAAGUGUGAGUGAUGUUUUCUA